UUGAAGCCAAUACCUAUAUCUUCUUCUAAACCAACUCCUCUCUUCUGCUUGAUUCAUCAUCCCAAAGCUCUCCACACUCAUCAUUUCCCUCAAAACUACCUAGUUCUUAAUCCUCGUUGACAAAACCAUGGGCAACAUUUGCUCGAUUUCACUCCCUGCUGACCGCAUUGUCUCUAGCUUCUGGGAUGGCACUACUGAGCAUGCAAAUUACCUGCGCAAACUCCCUGAAAAUCUGGUAGAAUUGGGAACCGCUUGUGAAAGAUUGAGGGAGUUAAGGAACGAUGUGAAGAGGAUGGUGGAUAUUGCUGAGAGGGAACAAAUGCAGCCGCUGGACCAAGUACAAGGGUGGCUUUCAAGGGUUGAAACACUGGAAACUCAAGUCACUCAACUGAUUGGAGAUGGCACCGAGGAGGUUGAGAAGAAAUGUCUGGGUGGUUGCUGUCCUAGGCGUUGCAGGACCAGAUACAAGUUGGGGAAGAGAGUAGCUAGAAAGUUGAAAGAAGUUGACAUUCUAAUGAGCCAAAGACCUUCGGAUGUGAUGGCUGAGAGGUUACCUUCACCUCGCCUAAGUGAAAGGCCUAGUCAAGCAACUGUCGGCAUGAAUUCCAGAAUUGGUAAGGUUUGGAGUAGCCUUCAUCAAGAACAAGUGGGAAUUAUCGGCCUAUAUGGAUUAGGAGGAGUUGGGAAAACCACCCUUUUAACCCAAAUCAAUAAUGCUUUUACUAAAAGAACCCAUGAUUUUGAUUUUGUGAUCUGGGCUACAGUUUCCAAAAAUGUAAACCUUGAAAACAUUCAGGACGACAUCUGGAAGAAGAUAGGGUUUUGUGAUGAUAAAUGGAAAAACAAAAGUCGAGAUGAGAAAGCUACGAGCAUAUGGAGAGUCCUGAGCGAAAAGAGGUUUGUGCUGUUGCUAGAUGAUUUAUGGGAGCGGUUGGAUUUAUCAGACGUCGGGGUCCCAUUCCAAAAUAAGAAAAAUAAGAUAGUAUUCACCACUCGAUCAGAAGAGGUGUGCGCUCAAAUGGAAGCUGAUAAGAAGAUCAAAGUGGAAUGCCUAACAUGGACAGAAUCCUGGGAAUUGUUUCGAAUGAAGCUUGGAGAAGACACUCUCGAUUUCCAUCCUGAGAUACCAGAGCUCGCUCAAGCCGUCGCACAAGAGUGUUGCGGUUUGCCACUUGUGCUAACUACCAUGGGCAGGGCCAUGGCUUGUAAGAAGACACCGGAGGAAUGGAAGUAUGCAAUAAAAGUGUUACGAAGCUCUGCCUCAAAAUUUCCAGGUAUGGGGGACAGAGUGUUUCCUCUUUUAAAAUACAGUUAUGAUUGCUUACCCACCGAAGUUUCCAGAUCUUGCUUCUUGUAUUGUUCUCUAUAUCCGGAAGAUUAUCAAAUGCCAAAAUUAAGUUUGAUAAACCGUUGGAUUUGUGAAGGCUUUUUAGAUGAAUUUGAUGACAUGGAGGGAGCAAAAAACCAGGGUUACAACAUUAUUGGCACUCUGAUUCAUGCAUGUCUAUUAGAAGAAGGUGAUGUUGAUUAUAAAGUAAAACUGCAUGAUGUAAUCCGUGAUAUGGCAUUGUGGAUAGGUUGUGAAACUGGGAAGGAGCAGGACAAGUUCUUGGUGAAGGCCGGCAGUACGUUAACUGAAGCUCCUGAAGUUGCUGAAUGGAUGGGGCCAAAAAGGAUUUCACUGAUGGAUAACCAAAUUGAGGAACUAACAGGGUCUCCUAAGUGCCCCAAUCUCUCAACUUUGUUUCUUGCGGAUAAUAGUUUGAAGAUGAUCUCUGAUACUUUCUUCCAGUUUAUGCCAAGUCUAAGAGUUUUAGACUUGUCAAAAAAUAGCAUAACUGAAUUACCCAGGGGAAUCUCUAAUUUGGUUUCAUUACAGUAUCUCAACCUAUCACAAACUAACAUAAAAGAGUUGCCAAUUGAGUUGAAGAACCUGGAUAAAUUGAAAUGCUUGGUGUUGGUUGACAUGCCUCAACUUUCUUCAAUUCCAGAGCAGUUAAUAUCAAGUCUUUCAAUGUUGCAAGUUAUUGAUAUGUUCAACUCUGGAAUUUCUGAAAGAACAGUACUCAAAGAUGGUAUUUUGUCUGAUGAUAAUGAAGCCUUGGUUCAGGAAUUGGAGUCCUUAAAGUACUUGCAUGGUUUAGGCGUCAGUGUAAAAAGUGCCUCUGCUUUCAAAAGGCUUCUAAGCUCUUACAAGCUAAGAAUCUGCAUUUCCGGUCUAUGCCUCAAGAAUUUCAAUGGUUCAAGCUCUCUCAAUUUAACAUCUCUCAGCAAUGCAAAGUGUCUUUCUAGCCUCUAUAUCUCAAAAUGUGGCUCGUUGGAAGAUUUGGAGAUAGAUUGGGCUGGGGAAGGAAAGGAAACAGUGGAAUCUAAUUACCUUAACUCAAAGGUCAGUUCCCACAACAGUUUCCACAGCCUUGUGUGGCUAGGAAUCGAAAGGUGUUCGAGAUUGAAGGAUCUAACAUGGCUUGUUUUUGUUCCUAACCUUAAAGUGCUUACAAUAAUUGAUUGUGAUCAAAUGCAAGAAGUAAUAGGUACCGGUAAAUGUGGUGAAUCUGCAGAGAAUGGAGAAAACCUGAGUCCAUUUGUCAAACUCCAAGUACUUGAGUUAGAUGAUCUACCACAAUUGAAGAGCAUAUUUUGGAAAGCCCUGCCAUUUAUCUACUUAAAUACAAUCCAUGUACGUAAUUGUCCACUUCUAAAGAAGCUGCCACUCAGCGCCAACAGUGCCAAGGGAAAUCGAAUUGUCAUUGCAGGACACAACAAGUGGUGGAAUGAAGUAGAGUGGGAGGAUGAGGCUACCCAAAAUGUUUUUCUUCCAUGUUUCGUACCUGUUAGAGAAUAAGGGGCUGCAGCAAUCUCAGAGAGGCUACGAUGCGAUUCUAGGUGAGACCCUUUUCACAAUUAACUAUCAUUUGAUCCUGAAUAGGUAUUGGUCCAAAUAAAGCAUUCAAUUAUAGCAUCUUUUCAUGGUUGGUCCAAAUAUGUUGUUUCUCUUUGAAUUGCAAUAUUACAUUUUUUGUAUUCUAGGGAUUGUGAGAUGCAUUUUAUGAUUUGCGUAAACAAAAUUG